GCCAUUGGUAUCUCGACCAUAGCUUCUUCUUUUCCCUCUCUCUCUCAUGAGUCAUUUUCUCUGUUUCUUUCUCUCUCUAGAAAAAGAAAAAUUCAAAGAGAAAAUUGAAAUCUAGGGUUUCGAUUUUUUGUAAUUAAUUUAGGAGAUUUAAUCUCUGGAUCCCAAAUUGGAGAGAAAUUAGUGAUUACACAAAAACGAUUAUUAAAAAAUGAGCUUGGACUCGGUGGCUUCAAACACACAUGGAAACCUUGAUGAGCAAAUUAGUCAGCUUAUGCAGUGCAAGCCCUUAUCAGAACAAGAGGUAAGGGCAUUAUGUGAGAAAGCUAAGGAGAUAUUGAUGGAUGAAAGUAACGUUCAGCCUGUUAAAAGCCCUGUUACAAUCUGUGGUGAUAUUCAUGGUCAAUUUCAUGAUCUAGCUGAGCUUUUUCGCAUUGGCGGGAAGUGUCCAGAUACAAAUUACUUGUUCAUGGGAGAUUAUGUUGACCGUGGCUAUUAUUCAGUGGAAACUGUAACACUCCUGGUUGCCUUGAAAGUGCGGUAUCCUCAACGGAUUACAAUUCUAAGGGGAAAUCACGAAAGUCGUCAGAUUACUCAAGUUUAUGGUUUCUAUGAUGAAUGCCUACGGAAGUACGGCAAUGCUAAUGUUUGGAAGAUCUUUACAGACCUGUUUGAUUAUUUUCCACUUACAGCAUUGGUUGAGUCGGAAAUAUUUUGCCUCCAUGGUGGAUUGUCACCCUCCAUUGAAACCCUUGAUAACAUUCGUAAUUUUGACCGUGUUCAAGAAGUUCCCCAUGAGGGUCCCAUGUGUGAUCUGUUGUGGUCUGACCCUGAUGAUCGAUGUGGUUGGGGCAUCUCACCUAGGGGUGCUGGAUAUACCUUCGGUCAAGACAUAUCUGAGCAAUUUAAUCAUACAAACAACUUAAAGCUGAUUGCAAGAGCUCACCAGCUGGUUAUGGAGGGGUAUAACUGGGGCCACGAACAAAAGGUGGUCACUAUCUUCAGUGCACCCAAUUAUUGCUAUCGCUGUGGAAACAUGGCAUCUAUCUUGGAAGUUGAUGACUGCAAGGGCCACACAUUCAUUCAGUUUGAGCCUGCUCCAAGGAGGGGUGAGCCAGAUGUGACCCGGAGAACACCAGAUUACUUCCUAUGAUUCAAGCUGGUUAUGAGAUGCUGAAUCCUCCUAGCGAGCGCUUCCUGGCUGGUUUACUUAUUGAGGGCUAUUUCCAAGUAUAAAUUUGCUAUGUGGGCAGGUGGCAAGAAAGCAUGUAUAAUGGGCAAGUGGGGCUUCCUUGAUUCAAUUGGCUUGCUGAUUAUGCUUGAGUUUCCAUAAGAGGGAGCAGUGGAGCUGCAACAGAAUAGCCGCAAAUGUAUCAUUUCCAGCAAACAAUGUGGCUUCUUUUUAUUCCUUGAUUUUGAUUUUGUUCUCUUAUUCCAUUUUUUUCCCUUUUGUAGAAGGAUGGUUGUUUCAGGGUUGGGGAUGUGUAGAGAGACAAUGAGUUGACUUAUAAUGGUUGCUUUUUAUAUUUUAUCUCCAUUCACGCAGUUCUAAUCAA